AUUUUCAGAUGCGCUCAAUCAGUUCAUGAAGUCACAAACAAUGGUUAAUCACAAGAUAGUACCUGGAGUAUUAACUUGGCCCACAACAUCUCAGGUCAUUGAAGAGACACGGACAGAGAAUUUACAGCUGAUUUUAAAGAAUUGUAUUGAGGAAUGCAAGUUCCCUCGAGAACCAGAUGCAAUUUGUCGAUAUCAGCAAUGCCAUGGCCACUCCAAAAUCCAAAUAUAUUUUACAGACCCAGACUUUAAGGGUUUUAUACGUAUUACUUGCUGUCAACAAUGUAGAGUGGAGUUUCAUAUCAGCUGUUGGAAAAAGCUGAAAACAACAAACUACAGUGAUAAAAAUGAUAAGGAUUUUCUUCACGAAUUGUGUUUUACUCCUGAUUGUACAGGCCUUAUUUCAAAAAUAGUUAUUUUCAGUUCUUCUGGGCUGGUAAAAUGUGAAUUCGAACAAAAAAUCACAAAAACCAAGGAACCACCAAGAGCCAGUAUUAAACAGAAAUGUUCAAGUCUGAGAAAGUUAAAAAUGAAACAAGAAAAAAAAUUGCGACGGAAACGUGCACGAGAAGAGGCACAGAAUUCUGCUAAAAAGAAAAUAGAAGAAAACCAGAUGGAAAACAAACCAUCUCAAUACAGUCAUCACAGUGGUUAUGUUCAGGAUUUAUAUGCUGGUGAUCGAGUCCUGCAGCAUAUCAGUCGAAAUGCUGAGCAAAUAAAAACAGCUGUUCGUGAUGCUUCCAAACUAUUAAAGGAAUUACUUUCAUGGUUUGUAAUCAGUGAGGAGGAUUACAUGUCAUAUUGCAAAACUAGCAGCAUGUCACAUGAAGUGAUGGAGCAACUCAUCAGUUACUUAAUUCAGGAAAAAAACAGAGUAAAAACAAGGGGUUUUAUCCAUGUGCUGAGUGAGCUGGAAGAAGUGGAUCCCAAAUUACACAAGUGGCUGAAACAUCUUAACAACUUGGGUCUGACAGCUACAAAGAACUUUCUCCUUCAAUAUGGACAUUUUUUAAAAGAACUUGACCUUUCUAUUUUAACCACACUCUGGAAUGAGAAGUAUGGUAGUAAAUUUGACUAUGUGACAACUAGUUCUGAAGACAAAGAAAUUCAUGAAUAUUUCUUAAAACCACCCCUAGAGAAAACCCGUUGUUUUAUAUGGCUGUUGGAAGACAACAGAGGAAAUUUUCCAUCUCUUCAUCAAGCUUUAGAUGACUUCUUUGAUAAAAUGGAUGACCCUACCAUUAUAUUAAAGAAGCACGGAAAUGAAAAUAUAUCGACUAAUGGUAUCAAAGUUAAAAACAAAAACAGGAAGAAGAACUCAAAAGACUCAAGGUCUAUUUUAGUAUUAUCCAGUGGAGUUAGUACAGCACCACGAGAAGAUGAUAAGAUAUUUAUAGAAGAAAAUACGUUAGAUUUUACAAAUUCUUAUGAACCAUUUGUAAUCCCAGAAUAUCUUCGGGCACAACUAGAGGAAUUUGAAGCUCUCUGUGACAUUUCAAAUAGUAACAGUUAUGAAGGAGUUUUGGAUAGUAAUCCAGAUCAAACCUGUGAGAGCUUGUACGACUACUUCUCUCAAAUCUUGGACAAACAUGGCCCUAUGGAAAUUAAUAAUAAAUUACUAGUUGGGGAAUACGAACAUUUCCCUGAAGAAGCUCGAAAGAUGGUAGAAGAUGAAGGUGGUCUGAAAUCUUUUCUUCUGAAAUCCCUUCGUUUCAUUAUGGUGGAUAAUCUUAUUGCCUUAAGAAAGCAUGCAGUUCUUCUUAAAGAAAGUACAAACAGAAAUGAGACUGGAGAUAAUGAAGAAGAGAACGGUAUAGUCUGUGAUAUGCAAGAAAAUUCUUCCCGGAACAAGCUACAGUUAAAUCCAGCUGCUGAGGAAUUCAGACCGCUGUCUUAUCCUAAGCAACCCCUUAUAUCAACAUCUACUGACUUAACAGUAGCAAGUUAUGAGACUCCACAAUAUUCGCCCUGGUCUUUUCCUACUUCACGUAAAUCAAUGCAUUCUUUGCAUCAUCAGAAUAUUGAUACCAUAGAACAUGAGUCGUUGUAUUCAGAUAUUUUACUAAAGUGCUUUGAUUCUAAACAUUCUGGUAUAUUUUUGCCUCAGACUUCCUGGGGUUAUCAAUAUGGAAGAAUAUUGCCAGUGCCUUCUCAAAUGCCUCUUAUUGCAAACGAUGCUGAGCAGCCUAGUUAUGCUGAUCAUGCAGCUCAUCAGGAUAAUGAUGAAUCAGCAAUUUCAGACAGCAAAUAUGUCUUUAGCAGUUUUAUACCAACUGAAAUACAAAUGUAUGAAGACCCUCAGUGCCAACUGGAGAAAGCGGAUAAGACAUUUUAUGAAGACAAUUUUGCUGUUGCAAAUAGUACAAAUGAAGCUGAAUGUGGUACACAGGUUAUUAAGACGGAAAAAGAAAGCAGAGGUAUACCUCUAAUGAAAAACAAUCCUCAUACAAGGAUGGUAGCUGUUCAGGUAAAUUGUGAAGUAACUGAUAGGGAAACUAAUACCCUGCCUUUUCAACCGUUUGAAAUGCAACAAGGAGAUAUUCUACGUGUGGAAAAAGAGCAUCAGGUAUUAAAAGAACAACUUAAAGAAGCACAGGAAAAAUAUGAACAGUUAGAAAGUCGAAGCUCGGAGGAAAUCAGUGCUUUAGAAGAGCUUCUGAAAAAAAGUGUUGAAGAGACUGAGGUAUCAAAGAAUGAACUGGAUUGGCUUCAUCAAGACUUAGAAAUAAAAGUGAAAAAAUGGCAACAGGAGAAAAAAGAAAAUCAAGAGAAUUUAAAAGCACUAAGGAACACAGCUAAAAAGCAAACGGAGAGCAAUGAUAGGUAUUCAAAGACCAUUGAUGAGAAGGAAAAGCAGCAUAACAUAUGUUUAAAUACAUAUCUCGAUACCAGUAAUAAAUUUGCUAAUGAGAAAGUAAAAUUGGAAGAGCUUAUAAAAAAGAGUCAAGAUGACUGCCGAGAGUGUGUGAAAAGAGCUGUUAAAGCAGAGAUAUCAGUACUCAACAACUGGAAGGAAACUGAAGUAUGCAAGCUAAAUGGUGUAGCUGCCAAUGCAGAAGCAAAUCUCAAGGUGUUGAAGUCACUGAGCAGCAGCUCAGCUUCAGCAGCACCUAAGUUGAAGUCACAGAUUGAUUCUUGGGAAAUAUUUAUUUCAAAUGUAAAGAAACAACUGGAAAAAGUAGAGGCUGAGUAUGAAGAAAAAAUCCAGAUGGUGAAAAAUGGUGCACGGAACUGCCUCACUAAGAUGGAAACUGUGGAGCUUUCUUCUCCUCCCAGCAUCUUUGCAAAACAAGGUAGACCUCCAGUCGGUGAUCCAGCCAUUGUCGUGUAUUCUUCUGCAUCUGCACAUCCUAGUUUACUUCCUGCAAUUUCAAGUUCUGAAGAUCAAGGUCCAACACACACUUCGCUUAAGACACAGGCUGGAGUUAAGCCAGCAUAUGUGAAUCCUAAGGCUUGUUCUGCAAGUGGCGGAUCAGUGAGAACACACUCCAAACCUCUGGAAGUAUCAUAUUCUGAUAAAGUGUCGGCAACUUGCCCAUCAGGGAUGUCUGGAAGCAAUACUCAGCAUGUCCAGCCAAACCAGAGCCACCAAGAUGACUCAGCUACGCAACUGAGGCCUUCUGGACUUGCAAGCAAAAAAAUGCUUCCAAAAGCAUUUGAAAAAAUUAUUGUGCAUCUACAGAGUAUAUUCCCAAACUAUAGCAGUUCAGACUUUACUAGCUUCAUAAAAGAUGUACAAAGGAGAAAUGGGAAUACAUUGUCAGGUUUGAGCUUCGAUGAAAUUCUAAGCAGAGUGACAGAACUCAUUCUGGACCAGCAAAAUAAGGCACCAACUUCAACAGGGAGACCUGUGAAGUCAGUAUCCUCUGCUUCACCAGCACAGACUGGAACUUGGAGUCGGGAAGAACCUGCAGAAGAAAACGUACCCAGCCCACCCAAGGCAAGACCUGCACACAAAAACACCUCGAGUAAAAAUCUGUCUCAGCCAAAUCUCCAGCCCUGGGGAAAUAUUGGAGCAAGACCUAAAUCUAAAUGGAAAAAACUAGACUAUGCAGCCUCCAGUGAUGAUCCUUGCACAAUAUGUCAUGAUGAGCUAAGCAGAGACUGGUGUGAACUAGAAUGUGGGCAUCGUUUUCACAGAGAGUGCAUUAGAACAUGGCUUAAGCAACAUUCAAGUACCUGCCCUAUCUGCCGCGUUCAUGCUCUGUUGCCAGAAGACUUUCCUGAGCUUCCCGCACGGAACAAAUAUGCCUAA